AUGGGUCGAAAGAAGAAAAGAGCAAUUAAACCAUGGUGUUGGUAUUGUAAUCGUGAAUUCGAAGAUGAAAAAAUACUCAUCCAACAUCAAAAAGCAAAACACUUCAAGUGUCAUAUAUGUCAUAAGAAACUUUUCACAGGACCCGGUCUAGCUAUACAUUGCAUGCAGGUUCACAAGGAAACUAUCGACAAAAUACCGGCAGCGUUACCAGGCAAAGAUUCUGUCGAGAUUGAAGUAUAUGGUAUGGAGGGCAUACCCGAUGAUGGUACUUCAGACGAAACGCUGGCAAAAGUUUCGAAACCUAUGACAACUGCAUCAAUACCAAGUCCACUUCAACCGCCGCUUACUGCUUUCCCAAUGCUUCCACCAGGAAUGCCGCCAAUGAUGCCUGGAUUUCCCCCACUGCCACCACCAGGUGCAGUAGUACCGCCGUUUAUGCCACCAUUUAUGCCUGGCUCACAUCUGCCCCCUCGAAUGUUACCGCCCGUCCCGAUGAUGGCAGCACCUACAUCAAAUGCUGUUACUGCAGCCACCAUUUCAGGUGUUCCUAUGCCUCCAGUCGUUGGGGCACGACCCAGUUUAACACCUAAACCACCGCCACCAUCAAAUCACAUUCCGAAUCCUCCUCCCCCUAGUACAUCAGCCGUCUCAGCCACACCACAGCCCACAGCAACAGCAGCAGUACCGGUUGCCUUUCCAGCAUAUAGUAACAAUGGGACGGAUGCAACAUCGAAAAGUGCUCAUAUAACCGAACAAAAAGCACCGUUAGAUUCGCCAAGCGCUGUUGCGCUCACCAACCCAGCAACAACAACAACAACCACAAUCGUUCAUAAACUUGGUUCCAAGACACAGCUGAUGCAUAUUGAUGAUACAAUUUCAAUGGAAGAACGAUUGGCACUGUUGAAGGGAGUGAUGUAA